GGAAGGAAGGAAGGAGUGGAUCAUUGGCGAAGCGAAACGCGGUGUCGGAGCCGUCGGAUGCUGACCACACCCAAAAAUUUAUCGCACAGUUCUCUGCACAUGCACAGUCACAGCACAAUUCCUGCUCUCUGCUGCAAUUGCGUUUCCAUCUCCGUUAUGUAACAAUCCUCAGUCAUAGUUCGUUCGCCUCUUCCCGUUUGUGUGGUCUUCUGUGAUUUCUCGAAGCCUGCAUCGACUUUGAUUUUAGAGGGAGAGUGUAGUUUUUAUAAGGUGACUUGGGUCCAUAGGAAAAGGAGAAGGGUAAGCUCGUUAGAUGGAGAGCUCUAUUCUUCGUUUGGGUUUUGAGUGUGGAAGUGUGGCACAUGGCGCAAUGCCACGGUGAUUCGGCAGGGGAGGAUUGUUGUUGUUGAUGUUGUUGUUGUUGGGGAGUUUUGUGGGCGGAGUGUUCGAGUCGACGUGGGUUGGGAGUGUUGCUGGAAGUUUAAUUAAUGGAGAGUAUUAUCAGUUACUUCGUGGGGAAGACCACGGAGCCGGAGAGUAAGAUUGAAUUUUGGAAGAACCCAGAACGAAGUGGUUGGCUGAUGAAGCAGGGGGAGUUCAUAAAAACAUGGCGCAGGAGAUGGUUUGUUUUGAAGCAAGGUCGCAUUUUCUGGUUCAAAGAGCCGCAGCUAACUCCUUUCUCUAAAUCAAGAGGAGUUAUUCCAGUGAGCAGCUGUUUGACGGUCAAGGGUGCUGAGGAUGUGCUGAAUAAACAGUUUGCGUUUGAGCUCUCCACGAAUAGGGAUACAAUGUACUUUAUUGCGGACACUGACAAGGAAAAGGAGGACUGGAUUAAUGCUAUUGGCCGCUCUAUUGUCCGCCAUUCCAAGUCUGUAACUGACGAUGAGGUGUUGGACUACGACAGCAAGCAAUCUGGUGGUACUGGACGUGAGUGACUCACUGUAAAAAGACAGACAAAAUUUCGGACGUUGAAAGCUGACAUUCUCAACUAUCCAGGCACACAGCAGCCCAAUUCUCGUUUCUGAAAGGUUCCUGGCAUUUCAAUGUGGUUAAUUCUUAAAAGGAUUAAUGCCUCCUACUUCUCAGAGUAGUGUAAUAAAAUCGUUUGUAACAGGUAGAAGGCUUUUCUCAAUACAUGUUGGCAUCCCUGUAGUUUUGAGAGAGAGAGAGAGAGAGAGCGGUGACAAAAAAGCUACAGGACAGGGAGCCACUGAUGUGGAGACGUGCCUUAAUCGCCGAGGAUUGUGUAGAUACGACAAAGGUUGUGCUCCUGGUAGUUUUUACAGUACUAUAUUCGAUGUAUUGUUAAGUGUUCUGGAGAACUUUUAUUUGUUGGUGGCUAUUAUAAGAAAACUCGAACAUGAUGUACUGUAGCCAUGCUUGAUUUCACACGUACACCAUGUCCAUCUAUCAA